GGUCACGUGAUCCACAUGUGCCAGGUCAUGUGACGAGUCUCCCGUUUCUUGUUUUUUUUUCCCGAUCAACUUUCCUAGCGAAUCCAAAUCAUGGCGGGCAUCGAGGAGGACGAAGCCUUACUGGCGGCGGACGAUGGGGAUGAGGGCACCGUGUCCCGCGGAGAGAAGAGCGGCCGUGCUGGCACACCGCUACCCGCUAUCUGCGACCCGGCGCGCGGCUUACACCGGGUUGUUGUCCUGGUGUUUAUGUGUUUCCUCGGAUUCGGAAGCUACUUCUGUUAUGAUAACCCUGCUUCUCUUCAGACUGAAGUCCUUCUGGAUUUGAACUUGAACACGGCCAAGUUCAUGCAGCUAUACGCCUGGUACUCGUGGCCCAAUGUCAUCCUUUGCUUCUUGGGCGGAUUCCUCAUCGACAGAGUCUUUGGCGUUAGGCUGGGAACCAUUAUCUUUUCACUCUUUGUUUGUGUUGGGCAGCUAAUAUUUUCCACUGGAGCUUUGGUAAAUCGCUUUUGGUUGAUGGAAAUUGGACGUUUUGUAUUUGGAAUCGGAGGGGAAUCCCUGGCUGUGGCCCAGAACACGUAUGCGGUCAACUGGUUCAAAGGGAAGGAGCUCAACUUGGUGUUUGGUCUUCAACUCAGUAUGGCUCGCCUGGGCAGCACGGUGAACAUGAACAUCAUGGGCUGGGUCUACAGCAAAGUGUCUGUCCUGGUUGGCUCGCCCGGUUACAUCACGCUCGGCUGCUCGCUCAUGAUAGCCGCCGUAACCUGCAUUUUCUCGCUAAUCUGCGCUCUGGUGCUGGCAUUCCUCGACAAACGAGCGGAGAAAAUCCUCAAGAAAGAGCAAAGCAAAACCGGCGACGUAAUUCAGCUGACUGAUGUGAAAGACUUCCCCUUACCCUUGUGGAUCAUCUUCAUCAUUUGUGUCAGCUACUAUGUGGCCAUCUUCCCUUUUAUUGGACUGGGACAGGUCUUCUUCAUCGAGAAGUUCGACUUUUCCCCGGCUCAAGCGAGAGCUGUCAACAGCAUCGUUUACAUCAUCUCAGCGCCGGCGUCUCCCGUUUUGGGCUUUCUGGUGGACAAGACGGGAAAGAACAUCAUUUGGGUGAUGUGCGCCGUGUGCGCCACACUCGCCUCUCACAUGAUGCUGGCCUUCACCUUCUGGACUCCCUGGAUCGGCAUGUCACUGCUGGGCUUGUCUUACUCCCUCCUAGCAUGCGCCCUGUGGCCCAUGGUGGCUUUCGUGGUACCCGAGCACCAGCUGGGGACCGCCUACGGCUUCAUGCAGUCCAUCCAGAACCUGGGAUUAGCGCUCAUCGCCAUGGCAGCUGGAGCCAUCCUCGAUAAUAGAGGAUACCUCUUACUGCAAGUCUUUUUCUGUUCCUGCGUCUGCAUUGCAUUGAUGGCGGUGGUGAUGCUUUACUUGGUGGAUUUUCUAAGAGGAGGAGAUUUGAACCGGUCAGCUUCAGCCAGAAGCAAACUCCAGAAAGAAGCCACUUCAGAUGCGGAGAACAGGCGGCGGCACAGUCAGCUGACUGAGGGCGACGUGGCUCGACUGUCACCAAUGUCUGCGUUUGGAUUGCGCAACCGCUAUCUCUCCAAGCUUGGAGCGCAGCUGCCAGGCCACUGCUCCAGCCAUCUGUCAUCGCUCGCCCACAGGAGCGUUCUGAAGUGAUGCCCUUCAUUCGGCCGUCUGCAUUCCUCUGGCACUUUGGUCACGUGACUCCGCGCAAGUAUGCGAUGACAAUAAGAAAUGGGAGGAAGAGAGCGAAAGAGAGAGCGUGUUUACCGCCCUUCUGAACCCGUAGACAUCACGUUCGUACCUUGAAGCCGCUUUCAACCUUCACACGGGCGAUUGUUAUUCCGACAGGGUGGACAGGUAUCGUCUUUCCCUUGUUUUGUUUCAAUUAAUUGGGACAAAGAGCACGGGUGGUGGUUUUUUUAUUUUUUAUCACACACAGAAGACAGGCGGAUUUAGAACAACAGAAAGGCACCGACUUCUCCAUCUUCCAAUUUUGUUUAUUUAUUUGAAUUAAGAGCCUUGGGAAGUGGCCGCAUGAUUCGGGCUACUCAGCACAUUCGCCACUUUCACAUUUCCCCUGCAGUGGUUUUAUAGAAAGCGCUAAAUUACUUAUUUAAAUAGGAUGAAUCAGACUUGUUGAAUAUUAACUAAUGCCUAUAAAAUAAAGAGUUAUUAAAACCAAGGGGAGAAAAAAAAGCUUAACAGUCUGGAGUUUAGAGUUAUUCUUGCACUCAUCACAAAUGGGGGUACAGGAGGAAUCCAUUGUUCCCCUUAAGGGGUGAUCUACACUAAUGUAACGCUCAAGAUUAAGUAUUGGACAUUAAAGCCACAUUUGCACGGAAAGUUUAAGUCAACUUUUAGUUUGUGAUACUUCUUAAGAAUUUCUUGUGGACGAUUGAGUGUCCCCAAAAUUCCUGCAGUGGAACGCGCCUUUAAAAAUGUCGUUUUAAGGUCAUCAAAGCGACGGAAUGGCUUUGCUGUGAGUGUUGCUGAAUCAGACCAAAAUAAAAUCGUUAGAGGUGGAAGGAUUAUUUGAUUGAUUGAUUUUUUUUUUUUUUAAAGAUCAUUAAUUCUAGGACAGUUUUACAAAUAUUUUUUUCCCCUCUGAAUGCAAUUCCUCAAAACAAAUUGGAUUGGAAGGAUUACAAAGGCAAAAUAAGGAGCGAUUUAACUUUUCUGUGAAAUGUUUGACACAUUUUUCCCCGGCCCUUACAGGUAACCUAUAAUGAAGCUUUAUCAGCGUUUUUUGAAGAUUUGGGGGGGUUGUAUUUUUUAUUUGGUUGUUUUGUAGGCCCUGAGGUAUUCUUGCACACUCACACAAGGAAAAAAAGUUGAGGUCAAAGUAUUUUCCGUGCCCACAAGAAUAUGUCCCCAAAUUACCUCAAAUGACAGAGUGAACACACACACACGGACAAAAGUUAAUGCAAUAGUUCUCAUGGGGGCUUGGUGGGUUAAUUGUCUCGAGUCAAAUGCAUUUACGCCAUAAUUGUGUGAAAAACGUCUGAAGUUGAGACAUUUAAAGUAGAGGUACUCAAAUCUAAAUCUUAAAGGGACAGUAUUUUUUUUUCCAAAGGUCAGAUGCAAUAAUACAGAAAUAUUCCAAGCAAAAUAUCUGAUUUUGCAUUAUAAUUUGCAUUAGCUUUAUUUUUUUUUAUGUGUAAUUUACUUAGCAGCAGUACAUAUAAACACAACAAGGGGAGUUUUGCUUUCUUAACAUCUCAGAUGUCUUAUUUUAUUUGCACAUAUGUCAACUUGUAAGAACUGUUUUAACUAUUCACAAUUGAGAUUCAUGACUUUUUUUUCCUACAGUGGGGACUUGUUGCAGAAUGUCCUCUUAAUUCCUUUUAGUGAGUUUUUGGAUAAAUGUAUUGCUGGCUCUACUGACACUGAUGUCUUUCUCAUAGGGGGGGGAAAUGCAUCUGGCACCUUUUU